AGCAGGAAUCCUGCUUUAGUGACUUAGCACUAAUUUUUCCUCACAGUUCCUGUUGAUGAAGAUUUCAGAGAAAAAUUCCAUUCUGAUAAAAUGAUUUUCAAGGGAUGAGAGUGAUCGGAAAACUUUUCCCUUCCACCUGAUUCCCACACACCAAUAGCCUCCCCAACUUUUCACUACCCCUUUGACCUACAUGAAGAUGCAAUGACAACACCUCCCUUCUGAGCUUUCCACUGAAUUAGCACUUAUUGUGCAUUCUAGCAGUUGGUAAAUAAGGAACACCAAGAAUGUAAUUACCAGCAUCUAACCUAAUUCUAUACUUAAAUAGUUUAAAGUCUUCUUGUUAUCCCUCACCUAGCAAGUUCAGCUUAUGCAGUCCUUUCAUAACUCUGAUUUAAUCAUAUCUUAAAAUCAAAUCUUUUCAAAAUUGAAUAGCUGCUUACAGUUUCAAUCAGUCCAGACAACUGAGUGUCUUUAAAGCAGAUACCAUGCAACCAGACUUUGUAUAUCCAGUAAUAAUCCAAUAUUUCUAUCGUUGACCUAAAACCAAUAUAUUAUAAUUUAAAUGAUAUAAGGAGAUGGAGUGGGUCGAUUAAAGCACCAAGGAAGAUUGAAAUCAAAGAGGGAGUUGCAGAAGGCAACCGAGUGUUUAGUGCCACAUACCAACCUCUCACCCUCUGCUGCCGGAGAAGGUGUCUGUGCUGGUCUCUCACUUGCUGCUCCCGAGGGAAGGUCCUCGUGGGCAAAUGAUCUCUCUCUCCCUCUGCUGUUGGCAGAUGGUGCCAGAGCAAGAUUUAAUCGACUUGGGUUGUAGAUUUGGACUGUAAUUCAGAUUUAGGAUGUGUUCUAGUUUCCAGUUCUCCCAUAAAGCUGCGACUGGUGAAACACCCGGGCAACAGUUGUUGUACGUGCAGUCUCUCCCAUCUCGGCCACUGAAGCUUGAAACUCCUCCAGAGUUGUCAUAGGUCUCUUGGUGGCCUCCCUGUCUAGUCCCAUUCUUGCAUGGUCACUCAGUUUUUGAAGAUGGCCUGCUCUGGGCAGAUUUACAGCUGUGCCAUAUUCUUUCCAUUUCUUGAUAAUUAACUUAACUGUACUCCAAGGGAACUGACUUGGAAAUGUUCUUGUAUCCAUCUCCUUACCUGUGCUUUUCAAUAACCUUUUCGCGGAGUUGCAUGGAGUGUUCUUUUGUCUUCAUGGUGUAGUUUUUGCCAGGAAACUGACUCACCAGCAGUUGGACCUUCCAGACACAGGUGUGUUUUUGCUACAAUUAAUUGAAACACCGUGACUGCACACAGGUGAUCUCCAUUUAACUAAUUGUGUGACUUUGAAAACCCAUUGGCUGCACCAGUGAUGCCUUGGUUUCAUAUUAAAGGGGGUGAAUAUUUAUGCAAUCAAUUAUUUUGUGUUUUAUAUUUGUAAUUAAUUUAGAUCACUUUGUAGAGUUGUUUUUCACUUUGACAUGAAAGAGUACUUUUCUGUCAAUCAUUGUUUAAAAAAAGCCAAAUUAAAUCCACUGUUAUUCAAUGUUGUAAAAUAAUAAUACAUGAAAAGUGGUGAAAACAUAAAAGGUGAAUACCUUUUAUAGGCACUAUACCUAAUAAAGUGGUCGCUGAGUGUUAAAUAUAAAUUCCAACUAUUUGUUCUCAUAACUUGUCAAUGAGAUAGACAGGCAAAGACAUACAAAUUGCUCACUCUAUAAGCAUGCAGUUAAUGUCUCUUUGUCAAUGUUUCUAAAAUAGAUCACACUAAAAUUUAUAGAUUGUGACAAUAACUUUAUUUUAGAAGUAUUUAAUUGUGAAGUGCCCUGGGCUAUGUAAGAUUCAAUAGAAUUUGAAUUUGUAAUCACUUAUUAGUUCAACUCUCCAGAUCAGUAGCCAGUUUCAAAGACUCUACCAUAACCAGCUAUAGUUAAAUUACAGACUGUUCAGCGGCAGACAGAUCAUGAGCAGGUGUGUUUGAGUCAGCCAGUACCUGAAAAUAACCAAGAUUUCAGAGAAACAUGGAUAAUUUUAUAAAAUGGUGUUGAAAGAAUCACAAGCAGUAUAUGAAUUGACUAAUGAAGUAUAUUAAGCAAUAUUUUAAAGAUAAAGCAUUGCAGGUGAUACUGCUGCUGUCUUCAGUUGUUUGGAUAGAUGAGUGUGAUCACCAACAGGCAUAUUUGCAGUAAGUGUAAGCAUUUCAAAAAACAUCAGCUUGGAGUUGCUGAGCUUCUGAGGAAGUGUGAGCAUUAUGUAGCGUCAGGGAGGGAUAAGAAUUAUCUGAAUUAUUUAAACAUAGAAGGGCCUUCGGCUCACAAUGUUGUGCUGAUGUUUUAACAUACUCUGAGACCAAUAUAACCUGUCCCUCCUACAUAGCUCUCCAUUUUUCUUUCAUUCAUGUGCCUCGAAAAGUGUCUCUUAAAUAUCCCUAAUGUAUCUGCCUGUACCACUAACCCUGGCAGUGCAUUCCACACACUUACCACUCUUUGUGAAAAAAAUACAUAUUCCUCUGACAUCACCCCCUAUACUUACUUAACUCAGCAGAUCAGGCAACAUCUACGGAAAUGAAUAAACAGCCAACUCCUGAAGAAGGGUCUCAGCCUGAAACCUCGACUGUUUAUUCAUUCCCAUAGAUGCCACCUGACCUGUUGAGUUCCUCCAGCAUUUUGUGUGUGUUGCUUUGGAUUUUUACAAGCUGCAGAAUUUCUCGUUAUGCCUUAAAAUUAUGCAGCCUCCUAUUAGCCAUUUCUGGUCUGGGAAAUGGUCUCUGGCUGUCCACUUGAUCUAUGCCUUAUCAUAUUGUACACCUCAAUCAAGUUACCUCUCACCCUCUUUUUCUCCAAAGGGUAUCCUCCUAAGACAUGCUCUCUAAUUCAGGCAGCAUCCUGGUAAAUCUCAGUACCCUCUGUAAAACUUCCAUAUCCUUCCUUAAUGUAGGCGACCAGAAGUGAACAUGAUAUUUCAAGUGUGGUCUAACCAGAUUUUCAUGGAGCUGCAACAUUACAUCACAGCUCAAACUCAAUCCCCUGAAUAAUGAAAGCCAGCACACCAUAUGCUGCCUUAAUCACCUGAUCAACUUGCAUGGCAACUUUGAGGGAUAUCAGGAUAUGGACCCUAAGAGGUCCAUAUAAAAAUAUAAGGGUAAAUAUCUUUGAAUCCUGUUAGGAACCACAAGCAAAUUGUCAUAACCUGAUCAGAACAAAUAAUUAAAUGCAUAAGUCUAAGAGUGGUGAAGAAGGAAGGAACAUUGGUCAGUGCUACACUGGUAUCAGUACUUGGGGACAGGAGUACAACUUUGAUGAGAUCAGCUCCUUCAUCCAAGCUGAGUACCAGAGAUUCAAAUAACCAAACUUUAAAUUAAAAAAAGGAAGAGGAAGCAGCAUUGAGGUGAGGUAAAAUUUUACGUUAAAAAGUGAUCAACUAGUUGAGUUGUGUCAUUACAACAACUUUGCCCUCUACAUCAGUAAGACUAAGGAAUUGAUUAUGGACUUCAGGAAGAGGAAGUCGAAGAAACACACCAGUCCUCAUCAAGGGAUCAGCAGUGGAAAGGGUGAGCAGUUUCAAGUUCCAGGGUGUCAGCAUCUCUGAAUAUCUAUCCUGAGACCAGCAUUGUGAUGCAAUUGCAAAGAAGGCACGAGUGACCAUAUUUCAUCAAGAGUUUGAAGAGACUUGGUAUAUCAUGAAAGUCUCACCAAUUUCUACAGAUGUACCAUGGAGAGCAUUCUAACUGAUUGCAUCACCACCUGGUAUGGGGUGGGAAGUCACCGCACAGGAUCAGAAAAGGCUGCAGAAGGUUGCAAACUCAGCCAGCUCCAUCAUGGGCACCUUCUUCCCCAGCAUUGAGGACCUCUUAAUAAGGCGAUGCUUCAAAAAGGUGGCAUCCAUCAUUAAGGACCCCCAGCACCCAGUGCAUGCCCUCUUCUCAUUGCUACCAUCAAAGUGGAGGUACUGGAGCCUGAAGACACACACUCAACAUUUUCAGAACAGCCUCUUCCCCACUGCCAUCAGAUUUCUGAAUGGACAAUGAACCCAUGUGCACUACCUCACUAUUUUUAUUUUCCUUUUUUGCACUACUUAUUUUGUUUAAAAUAUAUAUUUCUUAUUGUAAAAUAAUUUUUAUUAUGUAGUGCAGUGUACUGCCACAAAACAAUGUAUUUCAUGAUAUAUCCCAGUAAUAUUAAUUCUGAUUCUGAGAAGCAAGUCAUGGAUACUACAUCAACUACUAACAUCAAAAUUGCAGAUAUAUUCCCAGCUACAGUUCAACACCAUGGUACAGGAGAGGGUCCAUAUUUGCCAAAAUGCUAAUACACAAAAGGCUCCAGACACAUGCAUGUUCAAUCAAACCUGAUAGAAAAGCAAAUAAAAAAAAAUGCAAACACUAAUGUGUGUACAGUACUGGGAAUGAAAGAAGUUCAGAUUUCAUGGUAACAUUUAUGUGCUGAGUCCAUGAGAAUGGAGAUGCAAAAAUAGGAUAUUGGAGAGUGUGUGUAGUAUAUAGUACAUUAAUAUUCAGAAAAGUUUAUGUAAAUCACUUGAUCUCAAUGCAAAAUACCCAAGAGAACUGUGAGAAAGAUUGUGAGUUUUGUUACCAGUUUGAAGUGCAUCUUUAAAUUAUGAAAAGUCAACAUAGAACAUGAAACUCUCAAUAUGCCCAGACAUAGAUGCUAUGUCAACAUCUGUUGAGUCUUUUAAGAUCAAUUCACUGUGGACUUAUACACUGAGGAGUUCAAGAGAAUAAGCCUGCAACUAACAUCCACAAAGCAGAGGUCCUUUGUCAACAUGCUCCAACAGCACCACAUUGCCCACCCUACCCCACCCCAACAGCCCCUCCCAAAGGUAAGGAUUCACAAUGACACAACAGACAUCAAUGGUAAAAUCCACUCCACCUUCAAUGUACCAAAGCAGUCUUUGCCACUUGAGGAGAUGUUUGAGCUCUGUUGAUCAGCAGUAAUCCCAAUCUCUACAGGAAUAUGAACUGCCUAGAGCAGGGCAACUCAAAAGAACUGGAUGGAAAUGUACUUCCAAUACAGUCUCCAUAAAACAUUGCAAUUACUUGGAAAGAUGAGUAAACUAAUGAGUAACUCUUCGAUCUGACCAACAUCAAGGUUCUAAUUACAUUCAGCCCAUCUCAUUGAGCAGGCUCUGUAAUCUGAAUCCCUACUUCAGAACCCUGAAAUAGACACUGCAGGCUCUGUAAAUGUAAGUAAUUUCUAGGAGCAUAUCAAAAACACUUAAAGAAUGUUCUCAAAUCUCUCUUGAAAAGAUGUCUCAUCCUCUCUGAUUGAGGUUACUCAUGACAACUCAGAAUUGAGAAGGAGAUUUGGGAAUGCACUGAUCAACCUUUGGCCUCUUCAGUGGAGUUUGUGAUGGUCAUGUGAAAUUGGGAGCAAUCAACUUAUUCAUGCGAUCGAAGACCUCUUACCCCAUCCAUGGCAGAAUAUGCAGAUCCUGUACAAGUCCCAGCAGCUUUACCAGCAUAGAGGUGAGCCAGAACAGUUUAAAUUUGUUUGCAGGUUAGAAUGUGUUAGGAGUAAAUAAAAGGAAGGUAGGCUAUAGCAGAGUUGCCAUUUUGGCUGCUUUCCAGUCUGAUGUGCUUACCUCAAUGCAGGGGUAUUAGAGGUAAGACACGGCCCUGAUCAGUGCAUGAAAGUAUGACAUGGUUUUGCAAGGGACAGGACUGGCAGCUCAACAUUCAAGAUUUUGAUGUUUCAGACAUGACAAAGGAAUUGGAGAUGAAGGAGUUGCAUCUUUGAUCAAAGAUAACAUUGCAACUGCACUCAGAUGGAAUACUGGGGGGUCUCAUCACUAAGCCAAUAUGGGAGGCAUAGAUAGGGUGAUGAUGAUGAUGAUGACGUUGACUCAGGCCUGAGAGGCCGGCGUUGGGCAUUUUCAUGCCUUACAAGGCGCGGAACGAAAGACUGUGGUGUGCCACUCCUCAAACAGACAUUUCGCAGUAUUUUACUUUAUUUUACGAGAUCGAGCUCAACGCUCAACCCUGCACAGAUGGAAAGCAUACUCGAGAACGGCACGACUGGAUUCGAACUCGGGAACCUCCAUUCCGGAGUCCGGCGCUGAUGUCACUACGCCACCAGACGACUUAGAUAGGGUAGAUAGUCAGAAACUUGAUCUCAGGCUAGAAAUAUCCAAUGCUAGAGGUGAAAGGGGGCAGUUUUAAAGGACAUUUGAGGAGCAAGUUUUUAUUCACACAGAGGAUGUUGGGUGCCUGGAACAUGCUACUGGAGGUGGUGGUGUAAGCAGGUACAAUAGUGGCAUUCAAGAUUUACUGAAACAGGUACGUGAAUAUGCAGAAGGUGAAGGGGUAUGGAGCAUGUGCAGGCAUAAGGGAUUAGUUUAAUUUGACAUCAUAAUUGGCACAGAGGUUAUGGGCCAAAGGGCCUGUUCCUCCACUGUUCUAUGAUAUUCCAGCCACCUCAGAGCUAAGAGAAAUGGAGGUGAAGCAAGUCAUUCCUAUCUCCAAAGACUUGCACCAUGUUAGGUAACCUGCAAAAUCUUACCAUGUAUACUAUCAAGCAUUUAUAUACAUAGAUGGAAGAAGAGUUUGUCAAACAUAUGAAAUAGAUUUUUUAAAAAUCUAAUGAGAAACGAGGGUUGUCUGUAUCUAGAAAUGGUGGGGAGUGGGAAGAAAAAAGCUUGGAACUGAGAAGGAGGAGCUGUAGUUUUUUUUUAAGUGUUUGCAUGUAAGAUUUCUAUUCGAACAAACAGGAAAUAAUGUCUUUCAUCUCUGCUUUGCACUAGAAAUGAUGCACUAUCCAGCUCGUAACUCCAGCCUGCAAAUUAUGCUGAUGUUAGCAUUUGCAUAACAAGAAUUAGGUAAAAUGCAUUGCACAUUUUAUUUCAGAAAGAUACUGAGAGCAAAGCCAAAGUAUUGCAAACGCUGGAAGCCUGGAAUACAAAUAGAUUGAUAGAAAAUAGGUCAGAUAGCUUCUGCAGAGAAAAUAAAGCAGUUCAUGUUUCACCUUUUGAGUUGUGAAUGAGGUUCAGCACUCUUCAGUUGUAACUCUGGCUACAUGGUGUGACUUGGUUUUCAGGACGCUGUGAGAAGUUGUUUGAUUAGGAAUUCUUCCUUUGGGAUGGGCAAAUCAGAGCCAUGCAGUUUUCAAAGGGAUUUUUGACUUUAUACUUAAGCUUGAUGCUUGGAGUGCUGCAGAAAGCAUCUACAAGUCUAGUGACUGGAUUCCUGAAUCAACCCAUCUAUCUUGCAGUGGAAGAUACAAUGAAUUAUUCAAGCCCAGUGCAAACCAUCAGCUGGAAGAUAGGAUCAGUGAAGAUAGUCGAAUACAUUUCACUCGAUCCACCAAAAGUCUUUCCUCAAUUUGAGUCACGUGUGACUUACUUUUCAGAAAACAACUCGCUGUUCAUUCACCAGCUGAGUCUUCAGGAUGAAGGUCAUUACAUUAUAACAACAUCGUUAACAUCUGGAACAGAAUCUCAUUCAUCCAUCAACCUGAUGGUGCUAGUUCCAGUUUCACAGCCCAACAUUACCGUACAGAUUGAAAAAUUACCCUCUCCAACGUUGACCAUGAACUGUACAGUCAAAAAUGGCUCUGAUCCCCAAUUCUCCUGGAUAAAGGACAACAAAAUCCUUGUGACUAACCAACAUCGAAUGUCAACUGACAACCACAGUUUACGGAUCACCAACAUAAAGAACUCAGACUGUGGAAUUUACACCUGCUUUGUCCAAAACCCAGUCAACAGAGUGGAAAAACAACAACUGAUCUCAGCCGAACAUUUCCAGGAAUGUUUGCAUCCAUUAUCUUGGGUUCCGGUUCUGUUCACCACUCUGGCAGUACUUUGUGUGGUCGGAAUCCUUGCUGUUGUCUUCACGGUCAAGAGGUUCAAAGGAAGGCAGGAGGAUGAUGUCCAACAUGAACAAGGAAAAGACAAUAUGCCUGAUGUUGGGGAGGAGUCCCAGGAUGCCCAGUACUCCAAUCUGCUUCUGGACAACACCCAUGGUAAUAAACAGGAGGUUAAUUCCACUUACUGCAUCAUUGGAGCACCCCCUGUGAGCCCUGUUGAAACUGAAGGACACUGUUCAUUUCAUCUUUGAACUUGAUGCUUCUCAGUUCACUGAGCAGAACUGACUGGAAAGAGCCUGAAGUGAGGGUUUACAAAGACAAACAGAUUUACUGAAACUCGUUAGGCUGUCCUGUGGGGAAUGAAACUGCUAAAGAAUGGAAAGCAUUGGGUACAAAGGCACGAGUCUCCCAAAUGUAGGCUCAGCCUCCUUCAUCACUGCUGAUUAGGGAGCAGCAGAUCUGGAUCUAUUCUCUCUAUCCUCCACAAACAGCAAGGAGAGAUGCUAAGUUCUUCAUCUGCUUAAUGAAACAAUCUUCAGAGGAGGGAAAAAGGGUGGUAAUUAUCUCCAGUUCUCAGCUCUGCCUGGAGAUAGUCUGAGGAACAUAAAGGCCCGGAAACUGUUGGAAUGGAUUUCUGCUCUCUUCCCCUCAACCCCCCUCAUAUUCCCCCCACUGGAAAUUCCAACAAAUAAAGAUUAAUCAACUUUAACAGAAAGCAUUACUAAGGUGCUUUACACCAGAUUGCGAUAUGCCAGAGAUGUUGACAACCAAUCAAAUAUCUUUAUGUACAGUCACAGUUAUAACGAGAAGUAACAGCCGAUUUACAAAGUGCGAGAUCUCUAUAUAUAUAAUGAUCAGAUAAUUUGCAAUGAUUUGGUUGAGAUGAUUCAUGUCAGGUGUUCAUGUGGUUUGACUCGCACAUAUUCUGUAUAUAUCAAUCUGAUUUUGUUUGAGCUACUCCAAUUGUUGGCUAUAAUUAUAACCCAAUGACCUUUGGGGUGCUACCAUAGUUGAUGUCAUCUAUGAAUGGAGUGUUCAAUCAUUCUGCUUUUGGGAAAAAAGGGUUAGGAACAGAAAAUGAUAAGAUAAACAGUGUAACAAUGUGUGAUCAUAUUACUGUGAAUGUGUUUUUAAUACCACUAUGAUGGGCAAUAAUUAUUAAUGAGUUUGUGCAGUGUGUAGGUGUGUUCAUUGCUGAAUGUUUGUGUCUGAGUCCAUAAGCAAGUGUAGUUUACAAAUAGGGAAGAACUUUGGUGUCCAAUGGCAAGUUUUGUUAGCAUGCAUUUGUGAGUUGUUAAAUUGUGUGUGCAUUCAUAAGUUAUACAGAACAGAAAGAAGGCCUUUGUCCUGAACUUCCAUGCCAACCAAGAUGCCCAUUUAUGCUGAACCCAUUUGCCUGCAUUUGUCUCAUAUCUCACGAAACCUUUCCUCUCCAUGUAUCUGUCCAAAUGCUUUUUAAACAUUGUAAUUUUACCUGCCUCUCCUACUUCAUUCGACAGCUUGUUCCAUGCAUCUAGCAGACUAUGUGAACCUUGUCCCUCAUAUCCCCUUUAAAUCUUUCCCCUCUCACCUUAAACCUAUCCCGUCUAGUUUUAGUCAUUCUUACCAUGGGAAACAGACUCUCUAUCCACCCUAUGCCUCUCAAAAUUUUAUACAGACAUAUCAUGUUUUCUUUCAAGCUCUCACUCCAGGGAAACCAGAUACAGCCUAUCCAAUUUUUCCUGAUAACUCAAGCCCUCCAAUCCGGGUGAUAUCAUUGUGAACUUUCUCUGCACACCCUCUAACUUAAGCACAUCCUUCCUACAGCAUGUUGACCAGAACUGCACACAAUACUUCAGAAGCGUCCUCCGCAACAUUUUGUAUGACUGUGUGUUUCUGCUCAUGAGUUUGUGUGAAGCUGAAUGGCAGAGUCAGAGCUGGUUACAUGUCCUCU